CACAAAAAUGGCAGCUACAAAAAUUUUCACAUUUUUUACUCGAGGUCUACAAAAUGCAUUAUUGCGGGAAAAUGCAGCAAUAUCAAGUGUUUCUAUUCAUCCAAAACGAAACUCCUCAUCAUUUACAUAUGUUCCAGAGGAAGCACCCGAAGAUGCAGGUGAAACAGCCAGGAUGAAUCUAUUUCAAUCUCUCACAAGUGCAAUGGACAUAGCCCUUGAAAAAGACCCUUCUGCUGUUAUAUUUGGUGAAGAUGUCGCCUUUGGUGGAGUAUUCAGAUGCACAGUCGGUCUUAAAGAUAAAUACGGAAAAGAUCGGGUUUUUAACACUCCGCUAAGUGAGCAGGGAAUCGUGGGAUUUGGUAUAGGUGUCGCUGCUGCAGGUGCAACCGCCAUAGCUGAAAUUCAAUUCGCUGAUUAUAUUUAUCCCGCAUUCGAUCAGAUAGUAAAUGAAGCGUCAAAGUUUCGCUACAGGUCAGGGAAUUUAUUCAAUGCAGGAAGAUUAACGAUACGAGCGCCAUGCGGGGCAGUAGGUCAUGGCGCCCUCUAUCAUUCACAGAGUCCAGAAGCUUAUUUCGCACAUACUCCCGGUAUUAAGGUGGUCAUACCAAGGGGUCCUAUUCAAGCAAAGGGGCUCCUUCUCAGCUGUAUAAGAGAUGAUAACCCAUGUAUAUACUUUGAACCUAAAAUCCUAUACAGAUCUGCAGUAGAACAAGUCCCAACAGGCGACUACAUGUUACCUUUAUCAAAAGCAGAAGUGUUGGUGGAAGGUUCCGAUCUGACACUUGUCGGUUGGGGUACGCAAGUCCAUGUGCUUAGGGAAGUGGGAAAAAUGGCUGAAGAGAAGUUGAAUAUAUCUUGUGAAGUAAUAGAUCUUGUUACGAUCCUGCCCUGGGAUUCAGAUACCAUCAAUGAGUCCGUCUCAAAAACUGGUCGACUUUUAAUCGCUCACGAAGCUCCAUUGACGGGAGGAUUUGCUGCGGAAAUUGCUGCAUCUGUACAGAAUGAAUGUUUCCUAAACCUUGAAGCCCCCAUACAACGUGUAUGCGGAUACGACACUCCCUUCCCCCAUAUUUAUGAUCCAUUCUACAAGUUCAACAUUGUUAUACACCUUCAUUUUCAGAAUGAAUGUUUCCUAAACCUUGAAGCCCCAAUACAAUGUGUAUGCGGAUACGACACUCCCUUCCCCCAUAUUUAUGAUCCAUUCUACAAGUUCAACAUUGUUAUUCAUCUUCAUUUUCAGAAUGAAUGUUUCCUUAACCUUGAAGCCCCUAUACAACGUGUAUGUGGAUACGACACUCCCUUCCCCCAUAUUUAUGAGCCUUUCUACAAGUUCAACAUUGUUAUUCAUCUUCAUUUUCAGAAUGAAUGUUUCCUUAACCUUGAAGCCCCUAUACAACGUGUAUGUGGAUACGACACUCCCUUCCCCCAUAUUUAUGAGCCAUUCUACAUGCCAGACAAAUGGAGGUGCUUCGACGCAGUGAAGAAAGUGAUGAAUUAUUAAAUAUUACAAAUCAAGAAAG